CAGGCAGCGGCGGCGGACGUGCAGUUCGGGCCCAUGAGGUUCCACCAAGAUCAGCUUCAGGUACUCUUAGUGUUUGCCAAAGAAGAUAAUCAGAGUAACGGGUUCUGCCUGGCCUGUGAGAAGGCGGGGUUCACGUGCACAGUGGCCAAGAGCCCUCAGUCCGCGCUGGAAUGUUUUCUGGACAAGCACCACGAGAUCGUCGUCAUCGACCACCGGCACACCCGGCAGUUGGAUGCGGAAGCCCUGUGCAGGUCCAUCCGAACAACAAAAUCCUCAGAAAACACGGUGAUCGUUGGUGUCGUUCGAAGGGGAGAGCGGGAAGAAGCCUCCGUGAUGCCUCUCCUUGUGGCCGGCUUUACCCGGCGCUACGUGGAGAAUUCCAAUAUCAUGGCCUGCUACAACGAGCUCAUCCAACUGGAAUUUGGAGAAGUGCGCUCCCAGCUCAAACUAAGGGCUUGUAAUUCCAUAUUUACAGCGUUAGAGAAAAGUCAAGAAGCCAUUGAAAUUACAAGCGAAGAUCAUAUAAUUCAGUACGUGAAUCCGGCCUUUGAAACGGCAAUGGGCUACCAGUCGAGCGAGUUAAUAGGGAAGGAGUUAACAGAAGUGCCUAUAAAUGAGAAAAAAGCGGAUUUCCUGGAUACUAUCAAUUCGUGCAUAAAGAUAGGAAAGGAGUGGCAAGGGAUGUACUAUGCCAAGAAGAAGAACGGAGAUAACGUUCAACAAAAUGUGAAGAUCAUACCUGUCGUCGGACAGGGCGGAAAGAUUAGACACUAUGUGUCCAUUAGUAGACUCUGCAGUGACAACAAUAAGGCGGAAAAGGCGUGUGAGCGCGUCCAGGCCGAGUCCCAAACAGAUAUCCAGACGUCACGGCACAAAGACAGGAGGAAAGGUUCGCUGGAUGUCCGCUCUACCACCUCUCGGGGAAGCGACGGGAGCUCCCAGAGGCGUCACUCGUCCAUGGCCAGGAUCCACUCCAUGACCAUCGAAGCCCCCAUCACCAAGGUGAUAAACAUCAUCAACGCGGCCCAGGAGAGCAGCCCCGUGCCCGUGGCCGAGGCCUUAGACCGGGUGCUGGAGAUCCUCAGGACCACCGAGCUCUACUCCCCGCAGCUGGGCACCAAGGACGACGACCCCCACGCCAGCGACCUGGUCGGGGGGCUGAUGUCGGACGGUUUACGAAGGCUAUCAGGGAACGAGUACAUGUUUUCCUCAAAGCCAGUCCAUCAGGUUCCAAGCCAUCUGAUCUCCCCCAUCUCCCUCAGCGACGUCCCUCCCCGGAUAGCCCAGGCCAUGGAAAACGAGGAAUUCUGGGACUUCAACAUCUUCGAGCUGGAGGCCGCCACCCACAAGAGGCCGCUGGUGUACCUGGGUCUCAAAAUGUUCGCCCGCUUCGGGCUGUGCGAGUUUCUGAACUGCUCCGAGUCGACCCUGCGCUCGUGGCUGCAGCUGAUCGAAGCCAACUACCACUCCUCCAAUUCCUACCACAACUCCACCCACUCGGCCGACGUGCUCCACGCCACGGCCUACUUCCUCUCCAAGGAGCGGGUCAAGCAAACGCUGGACCCGAUGGACGAGGUGGCCGCCCUGCUUGCCGCCACCGUGCACGACGUGGACCACCCGGGCCGCACCAACUCCUUCCUGUGCAACGCCGGCAGCGAGCUGGCCGUCCUGUACAACGACACGGCCGUCCUGGAGAGCCACCACGCCGCCCUGGCCUUCCAGCUCACCGCCCGAGACGACAAGUGCAACAUCUUCAAGAACAUGGAGAGGAACGAGUACCGGACGCUGAGGCAGGCCGUCAUCGACAUGGUCUUGGCCACGGAGAUGACCAGGCACUUCGAGCACGUCAACAAGUUCGUCAACAGCAUCAACAAGCCCCUGGCCGCGCUGGAGGAGAACGGGGGCAGCAGCGGAGACGGGGAGUCGGUCAAGAGCGUGCUCACGUCCCCCGAGAACCGGACCCUCAUCAAGCGGAUGCUCAUCAAGUGCGCGGACGUGUCCAACCCCUGCCGCCCGCUGGACCAGUGCGUCGAGUGGGCGGGGCGCAUCUCCGAGGAGUACUUCGCCCAGACGGACGAGGAGAAGCGGCAGGGGCUGCCCGUGGUCAUGCCGGUCUUCGACAGGAACACGUGCAGCAUUCCCAAGUCCCAGAUCUCCUUCAUCGACUACUUCAUCACCGACAUGUUCGACGCCUGGGACGCGUUCGCGGACCUGCCCAACCUGAUGCAGCACCUGGACAACAACUUCAAGUACUGGAAGGGGCUGGACGACCAGAAGCUCCGCACCCUGAGACCCCCGCCCGAGUAGCGGCACGGACCCGGCCCGGGGGAGGGGGUCCCGCCCUGCCCGACGCACCGGCUGGGCACGUGACGCGCGCGCCCCGCGGGCGAGACGCGGGCCCCGCG